GCACGGUUGUGCUCGUGCUCAGUGCGUGCGCACAAGGAGCGAGCGACGUGUCUCGUGCAGAUUUGUGCUGCGGAGGAUCUGCACACUCACGCGCUCAUUUGUCUCAGUCAGAUUCUCCGAGCUGAAAAGCUGCGAGGAGGAGGAGGAGUCCAGAAUCCGGUGGACCCUGAGGAACGGGAGCUCCGGGAGCUGCAGGAAUACCGGACCCGAACCUCAACCGAGCAGCGACGAUGAGGAGCGGCUGGAUCCUUCUGAGCGUCGCGCUGAGCGGCUUCUUCUGCGGAGGCUCGAUAGCAGAAGCAGCCAGGACUUCCUCCCAGGUGGACGACUUGUACCUGGAUGAUGUCGGCUCAGGAGGUUUCUACCCUGAAGAUGAUGAUGACUUCAGCUCAGGCUCUGGCUCAGGUGCAGGUGAGGAGGUGGUGGGGGAAGUGGUGACCGUCAGUAAGAUUGAUAUUGAGCUCAAAGCAGCUCGGCCCACCCAGGACUCGACCAAAGACUUCACCCAGAGGAUGGUCACAGCCACAGUGGGAGGAAGGAGCAGAGACGUCACGCCCAGGAAACCGUUGAGGACAGAGGAUCCAGUUCCAGCCACACAAGACCUGCAGAAGAACCAACUGACCAGUACGACCGACACACCUGGUUCUCCUCAGGAGCCCAUUGAGGUCCGAACAGAGAACCUGUUCCAGAGGACGGAGGUGUUAGCAGCUGUUAUUGCAGGCGGCGUGAUCGGCUUCCUGUUCGCCAUCUUCCUCAUCCUCCUGCUGGUCUACCGAAUGAGGAAGAAGGACGAAGGCAGCUACGACCUGGGAGAGCGGAAACCCUCCGGAGCAGCCUAUCAGAAAGCUCCAACCAAGGAGUUUUAUGCGUAGCGUCUGGAACCGGAUGGAGCGCCGGUCGGACUCUGGGUCUGACACACGGAAUGACGUGUUGACUUGACUGACGCGGCUCAGAGGGAAUGUUCUAGAUUGCUGUAAUUCCAACCUUUUGUCUUUGUGAGCAGAGUUGUGUUGAUGGAGUCGCUGCCGUCCGACACCGAACCUCGAGUCUAGCAGCUGCUCUCCCGACAACUAAACCGGAGCGUUUGAUUAGAAUUCCUCAGACUGAAAGUUCCCGGUCCUAGCACAAGUUAAUGUGUCACAACGAUGCGGGAGGACGCGCCGGUCUCCAUGGUAACACUGAUAAUGUCUCACGGAAACCCUCCUGCUCUCACUUGGCUUAUUCCAUUUCCUCGGACUGUAAAUCAGACGCGAGUCUUUCCCGCUUCAUCCGUGUGAGAUGGAAAACCACACCCACACACCCACACACACACACACACACACACACACACACACACACACGCACACGCACACGCACACACACACAGAGCACUUUGACCAGAACCAGAACCAGUUGGGCCCAUGUUCUGCCUUCCCCUGCUGUUCACUAACAGGAAGUAGAUUCCUGCCAGGAUACCCCCCCCCCCCCCCCCCCCCCCCCGUGGCCACACUGUUGUUCCUCCACCUCGAGUCUUUUAAAUUUUGUGUGUAAAGUUCUAUAAAAGUUUAUUCUCACUCGUCUGAAACCUUCCAAGUGCCUAACUGUGGACGUGUCCCUGCUCAGGGGCGGGGCUAAUGUCUUCUAGUCCUACUAAGCUGACAGUAUUGUACCUGAGACUAAAACAACACUACUGAAUAAACUUGGUGGCCUAACGUCA